GAUUUCGCUGCACGAGGCCUCCAAAGUCAACGCUGGAUUUGUCUCUGGCUCCUGUAGACCCUUAAUCUUUGUGUGCAUGUGCGUUCUUUACUUGAAAUCACUGAAAUCGAAAUCGUCGAAACAUAGUUGCCUGUAGUGUUGUCGGGAGGAUAGGAUAAUAAGAUACCACUUUAGGUAUCAGAGGUAAUACAGACUAUACAUAAAAUAUUAAUAUGCAACGUAAAACAAUUUGAAAUGUGACGUACAUGUGAUUCAAUAUCAGUCGAAAAGACGAUGUGUUAGUGUCAAAACUAACUGACGCAGGACAAUUAUUUUCAAACGAUGGAUAAUACUCCUUUACAAAAAGUAGAGCUACAAGCAGACGUUUACAUGGUCUGUUUGCAACAUGCUUUAUCAACAGAAAAUUUUGAGGUGAUGGGUUUACUUAUUGGCAAUUUUGCACAUGGAGUAGCAAAAAUAUCUGCUGUUAUAAUUUUACGACGGUUAGACAAAAAAAAAGACAGAGUAGAAAUUUCCUCAGAACAAUUAUUAAAAGCUGCUAUUGAGGCUGAACGACUAACAGCAGAAUUGAAUCGUCCUAUGCGUGUACUUGGCUGGUAUCACUCACAUCCGCAUAUUACAGUUUGGCCAUCACAUGUAGAUGUUAGGACUCAAGCUACUUAUCAGACUAUGGAUCACAGUUUUGUAGGUUUAAUCUUUUCAGUAUUUUCUGAAAGCAAAGAUUCAAAGGAACAUGAAAUUUUUCUAACUUGCUUUCAGUCAAGUAUGGGUAUGAGUGAAUCUACAGAGAUACCAUUAGAGAUAGUACAUACUCACCAAAUUUCAGAUAGAUGUUUAAAAACAAUGACAGACUUGUCAAAAAUUUUGGUUCAAGAGGAAGAAGAUAUGGCUGAGACAUGUAAAGACCAUCCGGAUGUUCUCGCGACUAUUCAUAAUAAUGCUGUCAGAACACGUGCGUUGAUCCAUAUAACAGAUAUUAUCACAAAACCUUUGAUACAAACGUUCGAAAAAAGGAUAGCAUUGAAUAAGUUGCGUGCUGCUCAUCUCCGAAGUAAAUUGGAAGAAUUACGAAAAAUGUACAAUGGAUGAAAACUUUUCAGCACUUAUAUUUUAAACCACGAUGAUACGGAAUUUCUGAUAAGGAUUGUUAAAUAAUAGAAGUAAGAAUUUCAAAUGGAAAAUAAAUAUUUACUGGAUUAAUAAAGUUAGUUAUACUUCUGAGUAGUUUAGCAUCAUUUAUUUGAUAUACUACUUAAUAUCCAGAGAUUUUUCACAAAGUUUGUGACAAUGAAAUAUAAAUUUUUUAUGUUACUAUUAAAAUAAGAAAUACUUGCAUUGCUAUAUCAAUAGCAAUACAGCAUGUUAAUGAGACUUUUAUGUGCUAUAUACAUGUACUUUGUAUUUUCUCAUCUAUUUUGAAUAAGUAAAAAUUAAAAAUUGUCAGAGUAUUGUUUAAUAUCCAUCAUAAAUCCAACCAAUAUUUCUUAAAACGUGCACUGAAGAACUACUUUAGCAUUGUAGAUAAAAGAUAUUUGUUAUAGUUGUAA